AGGCCGGCGGAGGUUUGCAGCCCCCGCCCCGAGCCAUGUGGGAGCCUCCCCGAGCUGAGGCGUGCGCGGCGGCGUUGGGCGGCGCGGUCUUCCUGCUGCUUCUCGCGCUGGGGCUCCGCCAGCUGCUGAAGCAGAGGAGGCCAGCGGGCUUCCCCCCGGGGCCGUCGGGGCUGCCAUUUAUAGGCAACAUCUACUCGCUGGCCACCUCGGCCGAGCUCCCCCACGUCUACAUGAGAAAGCAGAGCCAGGUGUACGGCGAGAUCUUCAGUUUAGAUCUUGGAGGUAUAUCAACUGUGGUUCUGAAUGGCUAUGAUGUAGUAAAGGAAUGCCUUGUUCAUCAAAGUGAAAUUUUUGCAGACAGACCAUGCCUUCCUUUAUUCAUGAAGAUGACAAAAAUGGGAGGCUUACUCAAUUCCAGAUAUGGCCGAGGAUGGGUUGAUCACAGAAGAUUAGCUGUAAACAGCUUUCGCUGUUUUGGAUAUGGCCAAAAGUCUUUUGAAUCUAAAAUCUUAGAAGAAAUCAAUUUUUUCAUCGAUGCUGUUGAAACAUACAAAGGUAGACCUUUUGACUUUAAACAAUUAAUAACAAAUGCUGUUUCAAACAUAACCAAUCUGAUCAUUUUUGGAGAACGAUUCACUUAUGAAGACACUGAUUUUCAGCACAUGAUUGAGUUAUUUAGUGAAAAUGUAGAACUUGCUGCCAGUGCUUCAGUCUUCCUGUAUAAUGCCUUUCCAUGGAUUGGCAUGUUACCUUUUGGAAAACAUCAGCAGCUGUUUAGAAAUGCUGCUGUGGUCUAUGAUUUUCUCUCCAGGCUUAUUGAAAAAGUUUCCGCCAACAGAAAGCCUCAGUUACCUCAGCAUUUUGUUGAUGCUUAUUUAGAUGAGAUGGAUCAAGGUAAAAAUGACCCAUCAUCUACUUUCUCCAAAGAAAACCUAAUUUUCUCUGUGGGUGAACUCAUCAUUGCUGGGACUGAAACUACAACCAAUGUGCUGCGAUGGGCAAUUCUUUUCAUGGCCCUUUAUCCUAACAUUCAAGGACAAGUUCAGAAAGAGAUUGAUUUAAUUAUGGGACCCAAUAGGAAGCCUUCUUGGGAUGACAAAUGCAGAAUGCCUUAUACUGAGGCAGUUUUACAUGAAGUUUUAAGAUUCUGUAAUAUAGUUCCAUUAGGAAUUUUCCAUGCAACCUCUGAAGAUGCAGUUGUACAUGGUUAUUCCAUUCCUAAAGGUACAACAGUAAUUACAAAUCUUUAUUCUGUACACUUUGAUGAAAAGUACUGGGGAGACCCAGAAAUAUUCUAUCCUGAGCGAUUUCUGGACAGCAAUGGAUAUUUUUCCAAGAAAGAAGCUUUGGUUCCAUUUUCUCUAGGAAAAAGACAUUGUCUUGGAGAACAGCUGGCUCGGAUGGAAAUGUUCCUGUUUUUUACAGCGUUGCUUCAGCAGUUUCACUUUCAUUUCCCAAAUGAACUGGUUCCAAAUCUGAAGCCCAGGUUAGGCAUGACAUUGCAACCCCAGCCCUACCUCAUCUGUGUGGAAAGACGCUGAAAGUGCACAGACAUACACUGUUUCUAAAAUUCACAUAAAGAGGUAAAUGAAUAGCAUCAGAAUGAAUAGCAAUGUAAGUUUAGCUGCAUCAGGUAUUGAAAUACUCUUACCUUAAAGCUUGAAUAAUUAAAAUAGUGUAAUAAUGGCAUAAAUAGAUAGAAAAGUAGAAAAGAAAGUCAAAUAAAAAAAAUAUAUAGAAGAAUAUCAAGUCAGUCCAGCAAAGAUAAAUAUUAUUUGCAUGGGGACUACUCUGUAGUCAUUUGGAAAACAGUUACAGUUUUGAAUCCAUUUCUCAUAGCAUAUGCCUUAAUAUACUACAGGUGGCACAAAAGUUUCUAUAAUACAAAGUCAUAAAAGUGCUAGAAAACAUGGGUGAAUUCCUCUUGAAUUUUGGAAUGAGGAAGCCUUUCUAAUUAACUACAACUCAAAAUCCAGAAGCCAUAAAAUAAAAUUGAUAUAUUUUUGGAGGCUGGCUCCACAUUCCGUGCAAUGGUUUUUCCUUUUUUUGUUUUGUUUAACAUGAUUUAUCCUGGAGAUCUCUCCAUAUCACUACAUAGAAAACUUCCUCAUUCUUUACAUAGCUGUAUAAUAUUCUAUUACAGCAUAUACAGUGGAAACAUAAAACACAAAAAACACCAACAUAAAUCUUCUGCAAGGCAGAAAACACCAUGGUGGAAACUAGCCGGGAAGAAAUAUGCAAAUCUUAUCACAAACAAAGGGCUAAUCUCCUUAAUGUUAUAAGAAUAUAGAAGAAAAGUGUAAAGAUGCAUUAGAAAACAUUAGUCAAUGAACAUGGACAGUUCACAUACACAUAUACCACAUUGUAAACAUCUAAAAAGAUCAUUAAAUGCGUUUCAUAAUAAAAGAAAUGCAAAUGUAAACUUUAGUGAGAUAACAUUGCAUCUACCAUAUUAGCAAAAAUUCUAGAAUUUGACAACAAUACACAUUAUUGGCAAGGUUGUCCUGAAACAUGCGCUUUUAUAUAUGGAUGAUGAACAUGCAAAGUCAUACACUUCCUAUGGAAGGGAAUUUGGCAAUAUCUAUGAAAAAAAUCAAUGUAUUCACAUUUUGGAUGAACAAUUCCAAUUCUUAGGAAUAUCUCCUGCAGAUACACUUGAACAUGUAAUGGAUAGACAUAAGUGCCAGAUUAUUCAUUGAUGCAUUAUUUAUAAUAGCAAUGCAAGACAAAAAUAAGCCACUUUAACAACACACAUUGAUCAAUAGAGGAAUGGUAGAAUAAACACUAGUAUAUCCUGUAAUAGAAUAUUAUACACCUAUAUAAAGAAUGAGGAAGUUUUCUAUGUAGUAAGUAAUAUGGAGAGAUCUCCAGGAUAAAUCAUGUUAAACAAAACAAAACGGGAAAACCAACAUACGGAAUGUGAUAGCCAGCCUCCAAAAAUACCCCCAAAUGAUCUUUACCUGGUAUAUACAACCUCGUGAAUCAGGGCUGGUCUGUGUGACCAAUAGCAUGUGAUAGAAGUGGUGGUGUGUAACUUCUAAGGUUUAUCUGAAGGCAUUACACCUUUUCACCUUGGGCCCCUUGAGUGCUUACUCUGAGGGAAGCCAGUCACCAUGCAUGAUGACACUCAAGCAGUCCUGUGGAGAGGCCCAUAUGGAGAGGAACUGAGGCCUUUCACACACACUAACCGUAUCAGCUUGCCAAACAUGAGUGAGCCACCUGGGAAGUAUAUUUUUCUCAGACCUUCAGCUGACUGCAGACCCAGCUGGCAUGUGAUUGUGAUCUCAUAACUGCUCAGCCAGAACUGCUCAGCCAAGCCAUUUCUAAAUUCUUGACUCACAAAAACCAAAAUAGAUAGUUACUGCCAGCAUAUUUUGGGGGGAUUUCUUAUAGAGCAUUAGAUAAUGAGUUCAAAGAACAAGGUAUAAAAUAUGUUCUCUUUUUGUAUAACAUGGGGAAUGAGAAUGUAUGUAUAAAUAUAUAUUAUGCACUUGUAUUUAAAUAAAAAGCACUAAUUUAAUAUACAACUAAUGAAAAUGGUGAUUUCUAAGAGACUGAGAGGAAAGGGUAGAUGAGGAUGGGGUGGAAGAGACAUUUUAGUGUGUUUAUCUUUCAU